AUGGCGGAUGAAAGCACAUCUGGUAGGGUUACAAGAAGUAUCCCACGUACUCUUCAAAAUUUAGAUUCUCCUUCUUUUGAUUUGGGUAUUUCUCAGCAACAACAUGAUGUUGAUGCAGCUUCUGCUGAGAAAUUUGUUGCUGAAAGGAGAUCUAAGAAAAUCCAUGAUCCUUCCAGAAUCAGAAUUCCUUCAACUAUGCAAGUUGACACCGAGGUGCAGGGUCAGUUAUUUAGGUGUUUUAUGGUUAGGGAGUUGAAGCGUAGUAAUAGCGAUGCGUUUGUUAUCGAUAUUAACGGGACCGAAUUGACAUUCGGUCUUUUUGAAUUUGCUUUAAUUACUGGUUUGAAGUGUUACGGGGAUGAAGUUGUUUUUGACGAGGGUUCUAAUAGAUUGUUGGAUCAAUAUUUCGGUGGUUCUGGUAAUAGUGUUUUAAAGAUGACUUUAAAUAAGUGCUUUGAAGACAAAGAUUGGGGGGUUGGUGAUAACGCAGAUGAAGAUGCUGUAAAGAUUGCUAUCCUGUAUUUCAUUCAUAAUUACAUAUUUUCAAGUGAAAAGAGGAACGUCACAGUCCCAAGACAUCAUUUUGACUUGGUGGAGAGUGAACAGUACAAUGAACAUACUUGGGGUAAGGAAGCAUUUGAUGAUUUGAUUAAGAGUAUUCACCACAAGAUGGACAAGCCGAAGCAGUUUUAUUGUCUACGGGGUUUCCCUUUUGCUAUGCAAGUGUGGAUAUAUGAGUGUUGCUCUAAUGUUGACCCUCAUUUAAUGGUUAAAACCGGAAGCCGAAUCCCAAGAAUGUUUAAUUGGAGAACAGUGAACCCAAAGCCAUCUGUUAACUACUUGAUGUUGGGCAUGUUUAAGGACAGUGAGGACAUUAGUUGUAAAUUCAACAACAUUGUUCCGACCAUAUCAGAGGUUGAGAAGCUUGGUCUGCGUGCAUAUCUGGUCAACAGACGUGCACCACCACCCCAAACACACCAAGAGGAGGAAAAUGAAUAUGCUGAUUUUACCACAACACCUCCACAUGUUGCCGCUGCCAAGAAAACUCAAAAGAACGAUGCUUCAAAAUCUCCACCGCACAAGAAGACCAGGAAGAUGUCGACGGCAGCAUUGCUUGUUCAGAAGUCACCAACCACUAUCCCAAAAAAACCUACAGUUGGACAAUCAUCUAAAAAAUCUGCUUCGGUGGUAGAUAAGCCAGUUCAAUCAAAGGAAAAAGAAAAAGCUGCUCCAAGUGUCCACCGCGUUCCUGUUGACGACGUAUCAACCAGCAAAUCAGUUGACCUCACAAGUUUGAGGCAUGAACUUAAUCAAUUUAAGAAGGAAGUGCUUGCUGAAUUUAAGGUUGUUUUUACUGAGCUCAAGGAUCUUCGCAAAACUAUUGAUAAAAAUUUCAAAAAGGUUUUGGAACAUGUCAAAGGGAAACAAAACUCAAAAAAGGAAGAUGACAGUGAAACUCAUGUUCCUUUACAUGAUGGCAACAUACAUCAACAAGCUGAUGAUUACAUGGACCAUGGUGACGAUAUUCACAUGGAGACUGAUACGGGUGAUUUGCAUCCAACAGAGGAGAAGGGUCUUGAAUCGGAUGUUCAAGUCGGUAUUGGCAAUGAUAGCGGCGAUACGCUGAAAGCUUCAACCGAAGAGAUUGCGGAAGGAGGUGAUCAUUCAGGAGAACCGAAGACUUCGGUUGAACGUCCGGUGGAUCCAACAGAGGAAAAGGGUAUUGCACCGGAUAUUCAAGUUGAUAUUUGCAAUGAGAGCGGCGAUACGAUGGAAGCUUCAACCGAAGACAUUGCAGAAGGAGGUGAUCUUUCAGGGGAACCGAAGACUUCGGUUGAACGUUCGGGGAAACAUACUAUGGAAGAGCAAAAAUGUUCUGAUGAUUCAAAUAAUUCUGAGAUGAUCGCACAGGUGCUAGCAAAUAUAGCAGAAUCAGAAAUGACCAACGAACAAGUUCACGCAGAAAAAACCAAGGAAAACACCAGCUCAACUGUCUUAGAGGAACCCCAGACAGCAGUUUGUAACGCGCAGCCGUUGUCUCAGUGGUUGUUGCCUGAUGAGUAUUUACCAAGACAAACCCCAGGGAAAGAAAUCAUGUUACAUCCAUCAGUCACACGAGCUACACGCCCCAGUAGUAGUUCGGGCAAGAAUCAUGUACAUGGGUUUGAUAAAAAAUAUCCAUUCCAGAUAGAUCCCAUUACUGGUCCACUUGAUGUACAGAUGGUGGAUGAAUACCGUACUUGGCUCCGAAACGGUCUGCUUAAAGAACAACGAAGACCAUUACAAAAAAAAAUGACAGUUUUUGACAAUGGAGUCAAAUUCAAUUUUGGCAUCACAACUGUCAAUGAUAAGAACUGGGUUUACCUGUUAUCGAUGGAUGGUCAGCUUUGGAAUGACGAGAGAAUUGAUGUGGUCCACCACGCAUAUCGCAAUGUUGAAACACAGACAAAUGUGACAAAUGAAGAGCAAGUAUUGAUUGAGUAUGUUAAGGGCCACAAGCUUAUUGCCAAUGUCCCGUGGCAUACCGUUGACAACGUGCUAAUACCGAUGAAUAUACAAGAAGAAAAUCAUUGGUUAUUGCGUAUGAGAUACGGUGCACUCUUAUGGGACUACGCUGAAGGCAAGGUUGCUGACAAUGCAGAGAGUGAUAAUGAAGUUCCACCAAGACCGAUUUGGCCAACAAUCGAUUACGACACUGUAGAUGCAAUUGAUGUUUGA